AUGACAACCAAACCCUCUGCUGCUCCCUGGGCGGACGAACCCUUCAAGCUCAUCACGCUUCCUGAUGGACGUGCUGACAUUACCAAUAAGGAACACUCCGCUGUCUAUUGCGCCACGCAGAUGGCCCAAGUCCACAACUUCAUGAUACGCGGUCUCAAUGCUAUCAUCCAGCAAGCUCCUCACAUACCCACCAUUUCCGACCCCAAUUACAAUGAGCAGGAUGUAAAAGACCUGAUGAAAUACGUCCAGAUCUGGAUUGAGGGCAUGGAGAAGCAUCAUCACGUUGAGGAGGUUUGCAUCUUUCCAGAAAUUGAAAAGUUUGCCGGCAAGCCAGGGCUCAUGGACAGUCCGAAACAUCAGCAUGAAACCUUCACACCAGGCCUGGAGAAGCUGUUGAAAUACUGCAAAGAGUCAUCACCGGAGAAUUACCGCUGGUCAGGUCAAGGCGGGAUGGAGGAGCUGAUCAACGACUUCAGUGAUGCGCUCAUCACUCAUUUGUACGCAGAAAUCGACAUUUUCCUGAGUCUGAAGACCUUGGAAAGUGCCGGACUGAAGAAGUGCUGGGAAAUAGGCGAGAAGUUCUCCCAAUCUGAAGGUUUCGUCGACAUGCUAUACACGACCUUUCCGAUGGUUCUCGGCACCGCAGACAAGACCUAUGAAGGAGGAACACCAUUUCCGCCAGUGCCCUUCAUCAUGCCAUACAUUGUACACUACUGGUUUGCAGCUGGCAACAGUGUCUGGCGCUUCAAUCCCUGUGAUUUCUGGGGCAAGCCUAGACCGCUCCAAUUCACAUCUAAGUCGUAA